GUUUUUUUGUGUUUAUUUUUGUUUAUAACUUUGAAAUUUUGAUUUUUUAUUGUUUCUUUAGGUUUCUUGCUAUAAUUGGUACUCAUAAAUUCAAAUUUAUCACUUUAGAUUAUUGCAUAUAAGUCUAUACAUUACUUUGUACGGUAAUUAAAAAUAUAAAUAUAUGAUAAAAAAUUAAAAUCAAUUAUAAAUAACAUUAAGUAACAUGUUACAACAAAAAGCAACAUGCUGCAACAAAAAACAAUAUGCUGCAAGAAAAAGCAACACAUACCGUACAACAAAAUGAAACAAAAAAACCAACAUAUAGAUUUAUCACAAUAGAUAUGUAAUUUCAUCUGUUGCUUCAAUUCAGUACAUAUACAACAUUAUUUUGACUCUAUUUCUUGUUUGUUUCUUCUUCUUAUGCAUCUACACAUUUCUUCAUAAUUUAGUCUCUUGUCUUGAUUUUCCUCGUUGAUCCUCGAUCUAACUCCUAUUAGCAUCUCGAUGCACUUUUUUUGCACCUCCAAUAAGAACAUAAUCACCAUAAUCCAAGUAAGACAAAAAAAUAAGUAAGAAAAAAGAACCGAUGCACCAAAUUAUAUCCACAAGAAUAUGCAAACAAAAUCCAAGUGAUCAAGCUUUUCUUAGAUAAGUGCGAGUUAGGUUUUCUCGCCAAAGUACGAGCACUGGAUUGCCGUCCUAGUGCGGCUUUGUUUUCUUCGCUUCUCUCUUGGAUUGUCUGACUCAAACAGGGAGGCAGGGCUCGGUCUCCGGAUUUGGACUUGGCUUAGGAAGGGAGCAGGUCUCACUUUGGGGAGGUCUGCCAUGUGCUGCUUCCUUGUUCGGCAGGGGGAGGGAUUCGACUUCACCAUGGUUCCUUGGCUCGGAGUUUCGCCCCACAAGAGUUUCGGCGAGGAGAGGGUAGCAGGGCUCGGGCAGAUUUGGAUCGCUGCUUUUGCUCGCGAGCAAAGAGGAUGCCAUUGGAAUUUGUAAAGAUGGGCUUGCAAGGAAGUUUUCAAGAUGCAGGUUUCAUGGCUCGUCCCCCUCCUGAGCCACCGCCGAGGAUGAUGGUUGAAGCAUGGAUCCAGUUGCUCUGUCAGUUAAUUUUAUUUAUUUUCGUUUUACCCUUGUUGAGUUUCUUAGUCAUGAAUACUAUCGUUGUUGUCUCUUGCAAUUUUUAUUUCUGUCAGACUCUUACAUUAGGUGGAGGUGAUGGGGUUUUUGCUCUGGCCACGUUUGGCUCAAUUAAACCUGCUACAGGAUCAGCGAAUCAUAUUGUUUUGUCUCCCCGUUACAAAAAAAACUUUUCUUAGACAUUUAAGUAAAGGACUAUGUUAUCUAAACAGAACAUAAUGUCUAUCAUGAGGAGAGGUGACUCUUAAAGACAUUCCAUUUAUCAAGAUGUAUAGAUGACCUGACUGAAUAGAGCAUUAGAGCUGGCGAGCGAUCGGGUCUGGCGGAGGAAAUCAGAGUAAGAAAGCCUCUGGCCUGUGGAGGCGUCAAUAAGGAUGGACUCCGAAGCGGCCGUUUCGGGCAAACGAAGCAGGGAGUAGGUGUAUUGGGCAACGGAAAGAGGCUGACCGGAGGCGGCCGGCAAGGAGACCGGCGGCCGGCAAGGAGGCUGUGGAAUGUUUUGGUUUCAGAGCAAUACCCACUGGUCGGGUCAAUAGAAGCAUGGGUAUCCAUUGAUAGACACAGUCUAUUCAGAGAUUUGUCGGGAAGAAAGUAAUUAGUGUGAUAAUGAACAGAAAAGAGAAAAAACGGAUGAACUACCAGAGUAAAAUGUUUACCAAAACAGUUCUAUAUUCCUUAAAUAAGACUUCAAAAUGCUUUUAAAAAACACCUGAUAUAACAGGAGUGGAUCGGAUGGCUAAAUUCCCAACCAACAAUAUUGCACCACCAGUUUAAUUUGAGAGGUAAAUCAAGAGUUCAGAAUUGACAUUUUCACUGUUAGUACUCUUCUUAAGUUGUUGCAUAC